AUGCCUAUAGUGGAGAAGGAGAAGGAAAAAGAUGUCAAGCCAAUCAUUAAAAUUCCUUAUCCUCUGAGACAAAAUAAGAAAGACCAACAUAAGAAGAAUUUUGAGAAGUUUUUAGAGAUGUUUAAGAAACUUGAGAUAAACAUUCCAUUUUCUGAAGAUCUGGAGCAGAUGCCAAUAUAUGCCAAAUUCAUGAAAGACAUCAUCUCCAAAAAGCGCUCCACAAAUGUAGACCAAAUCAUCCUUACUGAAACUUGUAGUGCUAUUCUCCAAGGUAUGAAAAUUCCUGUGAAAAAUAAAUGUAGGGAUUCUGUUACUAUUCCUUGCACUAUUGGUGAUAGAAAAUUCAAGAAGGCUCUGAUUGAUUUGGGAGCUAGUGUGAGUUUGAUGUUGUUGUCCAUUUAUAAAAAAUUGGGCCUUGGCACCGUUCAAUACACAAGGAUGACUCUUCAGUUUGUUGACCGCUCAGUUAGACGACCUUAUGGAAUUUUGGAAGAUGUUCUGGUAAAGAUAGAUAAAUUUUUGUUUCCGGUUGACUUUGUCAUUCUUGAGAUGCCUGAAGAUGAGAAGAUCCCUCUCAUAUUGGGCAAACCCUUUUCAGAAACGGGAUAG